AUCAUAUCUGACUUAUUUUCAAUGCUAACCGUUCCCAGGCUUCUCAUAUAGCCGGUAUGCAUAUGGUGGCUACUUUGAUCUAUGACCGAAUCGCCCAAAUAUUCUGAACCAAGGGAAAGAUCUCCUCGAAAUGGCGGGCUUGCAUAGUCCCACACGCACACGCACACUCGAAGAUGGAUAGGACUAAUACCAGGCUUCCUGGGACUAGGUUCAGCUUAUGACUCAACUUCAUCCAUCGCUCACCGCUUUACAAGCCACAGUGACAACCUUCCAUGGCCUGGCUAUCAUCAUAACCAUGUUUCGGCUGGCCUAUAGGCGAUCGAGACAUCAAUUGUGGUGGGACGAUGCGCUCACUGCAGCUGCCAUAAUUACAGGCGCCAUCUCCUUGGUAUCUGUGUGGCUUGUGAUGGCUCCUCACACCGUUAUUGAGACAGAUCAAGUCCGUAUCGCGGCAAGAUGGAGCAUGAUAUUCUGCUUCACAACCUCUUUGUGGCUUGCUCGCCUUAGUAUUGUGUUUUCUAUCAUCCGUCUUGCACCACGAGCAGACUGCAUGCGAAAGAUAGCACAAUGGGCUGCUGUCAUAUUCGCCGCACUGUGUGUGAUGAUGCUUGUACAAAAGACCUAUAUUUGUGCCCACAACUUCAACUCGGAAAGAAUUGACUGUGUACUGGGGAGUUCUGUGGCUGCAACCCAGUUUGCGACUGACGCCAUAUCUGAUAUCGCCCUGGUGUUAAUGCCAAUCCGACUGCUUCGGGAGAUUCAUUUACCCAAGGGCCAACGGAUCCUCAUUAUCUCUGUGUUCUCCACCAGCAUCGUCGUUUCUUUGGCCAGCAUUAUACAUGUCAUAUUUGUUCUACAGACGGACGUGUACAUGCAAAGUAUCACUGCUCAAGUUGAGCUUGCGCUUUCCUUGAUUGUGUGCAACUUGCUGGUUAUUGUAACCUGCAUAUAUAAAGUCUUCCGGCGCGAAGACCUUGACCCUGAUUGUGGGCGUUGGUCAUCAACACCACAAAGUAUGCUCUUCACGACGUUCGUCAGUACAAACCAAACCAACAGCUGGACAUGCCCUGGGGAAUCCACGCUUACUGGCCCAGCCGCUGGAAAACACGACUGCGAUCACAUCUCGAUUUAGGGUACCAUUCUUUCCCUGUCCCCCGCUUUGAUCGUUAAUUCACUCAUGCAAGGAUCGCCAAUACCGCUCUUCAUGAUGGAUCUGACGGCACAAGCGAGAAAAGGAGACUCGGGACGGUUACCCCGCAAGGUGGCAUUAAAAUCAAGUGUAUUUAUUAGAAUGACGUUGUGGUCUUGGCGGACACUCGGCUUCAGGUUCAGGAUGCACUUUUAGACUGCCCUCGACCUCCUUUACGAAUAAUGAACGAACAAUUUAGACUCAAAGGUGGCACUCCCAGCUGAUUUUCGUCACACUCGAACUUGGAGUAAAUU